UGGUUAGAUGGUGAGUGCCAGAAAGCUUUCGUACAAUGCAGUGUGGCUGAAAACCAUGAAGUGGCUAAGCAAAGGAAUAGCAUGGGCAACUGUGGCUAGGUAUAGGCCUGCUUUGUACUCAGAUAUACUGCUUAAACUCUAUCACGGUACUGGCCUCUUAUUUUAACCUAACUGGAUAAACUACACUUAAAAAACAGUGCGAAACCCCUUUCAUAAGUACUCUUCUCGGCCUUUCACUCGCAAAACAGUUAUGGCAAAAUGCGAUCGUCCCAAAUUAGCAUGGUCGAAACAGCGAUGUACCAUGUGCCUCCUUUUGUACGCCACCUCUCUCAACACGUGAUCCAAUCGAGGCGCGCAUGCGCUUUAUCUGCAUCACACUUGAUCAACAUGGCGAGUGCCCGGCACACGCAAACACCAUUAAUUCAUAUUACACCCGCAUUAUGACGUCUCAUAAUGGAUUACAAAAGAUGUUUCUUCACUUUUGGGAGGACCAGGGGUCCACGGACUCUCAGCAAGACAUUGUACUCCUCGGUAAGACGUACCACCUUGAGCCCGAUAAGGAGAGCAACGAGGAGGCGCUGAACCCAUUCAACUUCGACUCCUUUGCGCUGUUCUUUCAGAAACCCACAACAAAACCCUUUCCAUCGGAUUUCCUUGCCGAUGUGUAUACUCGUCUCUGGCUCACGUAUCGCAGCGGGUUUGGUAUGAUUCCGCGGGCCACAGACGGACCGUCCCCCGUGUCUAUCAGCUCCAUCAUACGCAACAUGGGCGAAGUGAACCCGGCCGGCUUUACUUCCGAUGCUGGAUGGGGCUGUAUGAUCCGCACAUCUCAGAGUUUGCUAGCUAAUGCCCUCCAGACUAUGCGGCUGGGCAGAGAUUACGUCUUCUCAUCUAGCACUCCGAUACACGACGAGCUUGUCUCGUGGUUCAACGAUACGGAAGAGGCACCGUUUUCGAUACACAGGUUUGUGGAGCAGGGAGGGAAGCUCUGCGGUAAAAAACCCGGCGAGUGGUUCGGACCAAAUGCGGCCAGUCGCAGCAUCCAGGCAUUGUGCCACGACUUUCCGCAGUGCGGAGUAAAUGUCUACGUGAGCGACACUGGCGAUGUAUACCGCGAUAGGAUCCUCCCACUUUUGGAUGAAUCCCCUGUCUUGCUAUUAUUCAGUCUCAGACUUGGGAUAGACAAUGUGAAUCCGCUCUAUUACGACUCUUUGUUGCAGGCGUUGGCAUUGAUGCAGUCUGUGGGGAUCGCGGGGGGCAGACCCGCCUCGUCACACUACUUUUUCGGCUUCCAAGGCCACAACAUGUUCUACUUGGAUCCACACACGUUGCAAGCAGUGAGUACUUCCCAGGAGACCUACCAUACCAAGCGGAUUUCGCGCAUUAGCCUCCAGGAAAUGGACCCGUCGAUGUUGAUUGGGUUUCUCGUCACCAGCAAAGAAGACUUGGAGGACUGGGUGGAGAAGGUAACACUGAAUAAGAUCUUCCACGUCAGCGACGAGCAGGCCCCGUCGUACCAACCAUCCAUUUCGAUAAUCAGUGACGAGGAUGGAGACGAUUUUGUGGAUUUAGGAGCCGAGGUAUCCGCUAGCUGUGGCGGGGAAGAGUUUGAAGAUCUUUCGGGGUCGGUGGCGACUAUCGAACCGGGCGAUGGGGUGUUGGUUCUGAGCGAGCCAGAAUUUGACGAAGAAAAGCCGGAUGACUCUAUCGUGAUUCUCUCGGCCCCUGGAUCCCCCUCCACAUGUAAUUGCAGCAUACCUAAAUCAGUGGAGAGCACAUAUACGGCUGUCUCUGGUAUUCACGAGGAGCCCAUCGUAUUAGUCGAAGCCUCUACGUCGAUUGGUGGGAGUAUCCAAGUGGAAGAUGUACUUUAGACGGUAGAAUAAUAUACGGACCACUUGUUAUCUUAUAAAGAUCUCAAGAAAUAUUAGCCUGGUGCUGGUUAUGACCGGUGAGAUCAGCUUUUAGUGAAUGGACCAUGAUUGGUUUUGCUAUGAUCUCUGAACCGUAGGCUAAAACUGAAAAUGCAUUUCCUUACAUAAACUGUCAGUGGAGCAGAACCCAAAACGAUGUUCUUGGCUAAACGACGAGUGCCACUUCCUUGGUGUGCAAAGGAAUAGGGAGCGAAUCAAAAGUCUGAGAGCGUAAUCUUCAUACUACAUCUACAUCUCUUUAGCCAAUAUUGAUUUAUAAUGACUCAGAAGCCAUAUGAUUUACCUUUAAUGCGAACACUAGUGGUCUGGUGGCUGCCCGAUAAUGAAAUAAUCUAUUCUCAGCGGGU